ACGAUUAGUUGCAAAGGUAGCACCUGUAAACAGAGCCGGUGAGGGUGAUCGACUACCGUGGGUAAAUGGAGUUUAUUGCCGUAGGCGAGCGUUCAGUAUACCGGCGAGAGCUCACCUGGCCAGGUGAACACGCUGCGCCUCUUCCACACGGUUUAUCAGUAACAUGCUGACAGACGGCGGUUACUGCGAAACGAGGCUGCUUAAGCAAAAUCUCGCUUUACCCGAACUUGGCAAAUUGUCCUCGAUGAAAUAAGCCAUCGUGAACGUGGAGAGAGAUCUUGGAUAACGUUGGAAGAAUUAUUAUUUCCACGAACGAGAGUGAAAUAAAUUGUGACUUUUAAAGUAAAGUGACAUGUUACCAGUGAAAGUUUAGAAAGAACGUAGAUACGAUUUAUUAUCGUAUAUAUGCGUGCGCGCGCGUGUGUUUACCGAGACAGUGAUUGUUUUUGUCGAAACAAAAGAAUCGAAUCGGAAUAAGAGAUAUUUAUUUUAAAGAGUGCAAGAGUUAGUCGUUUCGUGCAAUUCUCUAUUGAAGUAAAGUUAGACAAUUUUCAAGAAUAUGUGGCGAGGGAAGAACAAUUUUACGAUGGAUAUCAUUGGAAGCAAUUAAGAAAGUUUCCAGUAGACGGCGAACGAUAAUCAUGCCAAUUAAGCGAUGUUUGCCAUCAAGAUGACCUCGACGAAGCCGAUCAUCACGUUUUCAUGGCUGUUGCGAUCCUACAAGAGGCCUAGGUUCAAGUUGGAAUGGCUCGGUUUCGUGUUCGCCUGCCUUUUGUCCAGUUGCUCGGCAAGGAACAAUCCACCGCGUUUCCUGAUCGACGGCCAAACGGAAAUCAUUCUCAGGCAGAAAGAAGGUCCUGAUACGCCAGUUGGCAGUUUAAUUUACAGGCUUCGCGGCGUCGAUCCUGACGGUGACAGCCUGACGUUCGGCGUUAGAGAUCAACCUGGCAGCGACGUGAUCCGGGUGGAGAAUUUUAGCCCGACCGAGGCCAAUAUUUACUUGAACAAAUUGCUGGACAGAGAGGUAAGGGACGAGUACGCGCUGGUGUUGACUCUGACAGACGGAAGAUUGGGCGAGGGGAACUUCAUCACGCAAAGUUUACUGCUGCUGGUCGAAGAUGUUAACGACAACGUGCCGAUAUUCCGUCCACAUCCGACUUCGUUGACGUUACGGGAGGAUUCCGGGCCGAGCGUUUUAACAACGGUCGAAGCCACGGACGCGGACUUAGGGGCACACGGGCAGGUGGUUUACUACCUGCAGGAAUUGGACGGGGAUAAUGAUGUGUUCAGUAUUUCGACCGUGAAUGGAAAAGGUGUCAUCCGGCUGGUUGGCCGCCUCGAUUACGAAAAGAAAUAUUUGUACCAGUUGAGGAUUUUGGCCAUCGAUCGAGCGAUAAACGAAAAGGUAAACACAGGAACAACCGCGAUACUCGUCAAAGUUCAAGAUGUCGAGGAUCAACCUCCGGAGUUCAUAACCAUGACACCUGUUGCCAGAAUCAGUGAAAAUGCUAGGAUAGGCACAUCCGUUCUCCACGUUCGCGCGGUAGACGGCGACAAGGGAAUAAACAACAAAAUCGUGUACAGCAUCAGCCAGGGGCCGAGGUAUCUGUUCGACAUUGACGCGACUUCCGGCCUGGUGUUCACCAGGGCGCAACUCGAUCGAGAAGCGGAGGAGAACGCCGACGGCACUUUUAUCCUCGAGAUUACCGUGAAAGAGGUGUCGAAGAUCGUGCCUGCCCCGUCCGUUUCCACCGAAGUCACUAUCAUUCUGACGGACGUGAACGACGAGGCGCCCAAGUUUCGAAGCCCGAGAUAUCGUGCCGAGAUAAACGAGAACGCGCCGUACAAUACGCCGGUUAAUUUCAUCGGCGAUGCGGUGCCGGAAGUUUACGAUCAUGACUUGGGUACAAAUGGCACGUUUAGAAUGUUCAUCGAAGGUGACGACGGAAUUUUCGACGUGACCCCGUCCAGAGGAAUUAACGAAGCCCCCUUCCUGAUACGCGUCAAAAAUUCCAGCAAGCUGGAUUUUGAAACUAGAUCAGCGGUAAAUUUCACGUUAAUCGCGAAGGAAGUAGUGACAUUGGCGCCGAAACUUAGCAAAGUGCCGGUGGUCGUUUUUAUAAAAGAUCAGAACGACAAUUAUCCCGAGUUCACGGAAGACAAGUACGAGGUAUCGAUUCCGGAAAACUGCGCUGUUGGAACCACGGUUGCGUGGGUUCAAGCCUUGGACGAGGACAGUGGCAAUUUCGGGACGCUUGGAAUUAGAUAUACGAAUUUAGGCGGCAGUAUUGCGCACGCACUAUCGAUGGAUCCUUUGACAGGGAUAAUCACGGUUAAGGAACCGGGGACGAGUUUCGACCGAGAACUAGUAUCCCGACAUUAUUUAACGGUGGAGGCAAGGGACGACCUUGGGAAAGGGAAUCGCAAUACCGUCCAACUGGUCGUCAAUGUGAACGACGUUAACGACAAUGCGCCUAUAUUUCUGCAAAACAAAUACGAAGCGGUGCUUCUUGAAAACGAGGAUCACUUCCAAUCGCCAUUAAUCGUCGAGGCAUUCGACAUCGAUUUGAAUGGUACCAAGAACAGCGAAGUGGUGUACGCUUUGGUGUCGGGAGAAUUUUCGAGGAAUUUUAGUAUCGAUUCGAGGCAAGGCGUUAUUACACCGACAACACCUUUGGAUUACGAAGCGUUGCCCAUCAGUCAAGGGCACAAGGAAACGUCGGUGCGCCCAUUGAGAUUGACAGUGCGAGCCAGGGAUAUGGGUAGCCCGAGCCUCAGCUCGGACGCGCCAUUAAUUAUUUACCUGAAGGACAUCAACGAUAACACGCCCGCAUUCGAGAGGACGUUGUACAAAAGAAGCAUUCCGGAGGAUCUGCCUGGUGGCACGAGUGUAGUUCAAGUUAAAGCAUGGGACAAGGAUUUAUCCUCGCCCAACAACAAAUUAGUGUAUCGAAUUCAAAGCGGUGCAGGCGAUAAAUUCGUAAUAAGCCCGGAAAUAGGAGUGAUCAGAGUUGCGCCAGGAUCUAAUUUAGAUCCUGAUCUAACUUCGCCGAAGACAACUAGGUACAGCUUGAACGUUAUCGCGAUCGACAGUGGAACGGAGAUUCAAAGAACGGCCGAAGUUCUAGUCAAUAUCACUAUCGUCGAUGUUAAUAAUAAACCACCUGUUUUCAUCGAUCCUGGCACAGUGACUAUUCGCGAAAAUACGCAGGUUGGAGCGUACGUGCACCGUGUUGUUGCUAAUGAUCCAGACAUCGCGCCGAUAUUGCGUUAUCGUAUCGAUCCGAAUUCUUCGGAGGCAAGAAACGAGGAAGGGACGUUAAUCAAGAUCCAAGAGUACGAUUAUCUGUCCACGUUGGAAUUGAAUGCACUCGAUGGAUUGCUUCGCGUAGUUAAAUUGCUAGACAGAGAAAGAGUGGAGACGAUAAGAUUGGGACUGAUCGUUGAAGACUUGGCUGCAAUUAGGGGGAUACAGACUGCAUCCGCCACGUUGAACAUAAUAAUCGAGGACGAGAACGAUAACAAUCCACGAUUCCGCCGACCAUUUUAUAGACGAUCGGUGACAGAGAACAGUAAAAACGGCGUGAACAUCGCGAACAUCGUGGCUGACGACGCUGACAAAAAUCGGAGCAUUACGUACUCCUUGGAAAGCCCUAAAGAGCUCACGGAUUUGGUCCAUCUUGACUCUGAAACGGGUGAAAUGGUUGUGGCGAACAAAAUCGACAGAGAGCAAUAUUCCUGGCUCAAUCUGUCGGUUCGUGCCACCGACUCAGGAAUUCCACCUAGAUCGAGUCUUUCCGAAGUGUACGUUCAAGUGCUGGAUGAAAAUGAUAACAAUCCAUACUUUGUCACUGACAUUAAUAACCUGAACGUGAUGGAAAAUUCUAAAAUUGGUACAGAGAUCGCCAGCAUCCAAGCUAGAGAUCCCGACAGCGGAGAUUACGGAAAGAUUACGUACCUUUUAGACAGGAUGUCAUCCGAGGGUACGUUUGCCAUUCAUCCUGAAACUGGUGCCUUGACCGUAGCAGAUUCGAUCGAUUGGGAGGUUAAACAAAAUUACGUCCUGGUCAUAGAGGCUUGGGAUAAUUAUCAAUUUGGUUACACUGCUGGCGAAUCGAGAAACGCUUUCAAACAGAUCCAGGUGACAGUGACGGAUGUUAACGACAACCCACCAAAAAUGGACGUACCCUCGACGUGCGUUACCGUAUCAGAGUUCCACGACAUCAAAGACGUUAUUUUCGCCAUGAAAGCGAGGGACGCGGAUGACCCAAAGACGCCAAACGGCCGCGUGAAAAUUCGUAUUCUCUUCGGGAAUGAAUUAGGUCUGUUCAUGUUGGAGCAAACGGAUUAUUGGACGGCAAAUGUAAAAGCAGCGCACUCCCUUCGAGGAAAAUUCGGCAAUUAUUCGUUGCACCUGGAAGCACGAGAUCUCGGCACUCCGUCUAACAAGGACACUGCUGUUCUGCACAUCUGUGUGACCGAUUACAACGACAAUCCCCCAGUGUUUAUCAGUCCACAGCACAAUACGACUAUUCGAAUACCAGAGAACGUAACAAUUGGUACACCGAUCAUACAAAUCGAGGCCAAAGAUGCCGAUACCGGCCCAAAUGGGGAUGUCCAUUACCGUUUGAAACAAGACUUGGCCGGCCAUUGGAGAACAUUUCACAUCGACGAUACAACUGGAAUUAUCUCGCUAAAACUUCCUUUGGACAGAGAAACGCAAAAAUUGUACGAGAUCAGAGUUGAAGCGUACGAUCUAGGAACUCCAACCCCGCUCAGCACGGAUCUAGAUCUAAUAAUCUACGUGCGAAACAUAAACGACUACGAGCCUCAAUUUUUGGUAGACGUGUUUAACAUCAACUUCACGGAGGAACAGGCCCCGGGUACCGAAACGGUACAAUUGCCGGAAACAAUCGACAAGGACGAGGUGGACGAUCUCGACGAUCCUCCCACCCAAGUGUGCUACUUCAUAAUCAAUGGGAACGACGACGGCCUCUUCGUCCUCGACAUUUUCAAGCACGAAUUAACCACCGCAAGGAUAUUGGACAGAGAGCAGCAAGAGGAACAUUUGUUGAUCGUGAAAGCGACGGAAGACUGCAACAUCGUUCCGGCAAACGAGACGUUGUUCGAUGAAACGAACGACACCACGUUGAAACUUAUUAUAAACGUGUUAGAUGUGAACGACAAUCCGCCCAAGUUUGUCGGUAAAAUAUUUACGGGAGGAGUGACAACCGAGGCUGAUUUUGGCACCCAAUUUAUGCAGAUCAAGGCGAUUGACUUAGACGCGGGUGACAACGCCGUGGUCAAUUAUUACCAAGUUGGUAAAAUACACAUGACUUUGACGGAGGGUUUAGACGAUAUCGAGUUGCAACCGUUUCUCGUCAACAAACUCACGGGGGUGGUGAGCUUGAAUUUUGAUCCUCAAAGAGGGAUGAAAGGAUAUUUUGACUUUAUGGUGCUGGCAAACGAUACUUACGGAUUGGAAGAUACAGCGAGGGUAUUUAUUUAUUUGUUAAGAGAGGAUCAGAGAGUUCGUUUUGUAUUGCGACAACAUCCACCAGAAAUAAGGAAUAAAAUAGAAACGUUCAGAGAAAUAUUGGGGAACGUGACCGGGGCUAUAGUUAACAUCGACGAAUACAAGAUUCACGAGAAUCACGAUGGCUCCGUCGAUCGAACAAAGACCGACUUGUACAUGCACCUUGUAAAUCGUCGAGACAACUCCAUUCUCGAAGUGUCGGAGGUUCUCGAAUUGGUGGACAGAAAUAUAGAGAAGCUCGACGGUCUGUUCAAGGAAUUCAAUGUUCUCGACACGCAAGCGGCCCAGUAUCAACCGAUUGUUCAGUACGAGCAAGCGGGAACCACUUUUUGGCUUUUGACUUUGACCUUGUUUCUGGGUGCUCUGCUAAUUCUCUGCAUAGCCCUCUGUCUCUCGCAGAGGGCCUCGUUUCGAAGACAAUUGAAAGCGGCUAACGCCUCCCCAUUUGGAGCGUCAGACGCGGAAUUUAUCAGAGGACCGGGCCGUGUACCCAACACGAACAAGCAUAGCGUGGAAGGUUCCAAUCCCAUAUGGAUGCAUGCUUACGAGAACGAAUGGUUUAAAAGCGACGAGUCGAUCAGUCAUAUGUCCGAGAGAGACUCUCUGGACGAAAAUGCGCUGAACAACGAAGAUAUAAUGAACGAAGCUAACGCAAACCAAAGAAACGAUGAUAAACCGUAUUAUAUCGAGCCAAGAGUGUCUUCCAUUUCGAGCGCGGAAAGUAUCCCAGAUAUACCAAAUGACUUCCAUCGAAGUUCUCCCAUAUAUAGAAUGCAAAAUAAUAUCGUCAAUCCUCUUGGCAAGAAAAUAGAAACGACAGAGCUGUAAUCGAACAACGAUGAUCACUUUUAUCCUCGAUAAAAAUGUUUAUUAUAAUAUUUAUAUUAUAAUUUUCGUUAAGAGAGUGUAAAGUUAUUAAAAUAAUUUUGUGUAAAUAGUCAACAGGUUCGUACAAGUUUGCAGUGAUAAGUAUAUUUAAUAUAUUUAUUUUAUAAUAAUUUAAAAAAAAAAAUAACGAUUAUAUUACUUUAUUUAUCGAUCUUUUGCCUCGUGCCUACCGUAAUAAAUACAAGCGUUUAUCUUUGAUGAACUUAAUUCGCGAGUACAUAAUCAUGACUCAUCGGUUUAAAUUUAGAAAUUUAAUGAUCUCUGCACAUCAAUACAUU